AUGGUAGAUAAUAUGCAUACCGGGGAUCCCGCCAUAGAGUAUACUAGUACGCGAUUGGUCAUUGUCGUUGACAUGCCUCUGAAUUUCCCGAGCGAGGAUGAAGUGCUUGUCUUGAAAUAUCUUUAUUGGAUUCAAGAAGAUAUCCUCUGGCGCCUAGGCUCGCUCAAGCAGCACAUCACAAGCACUGAAUUUGUAUUGGUCAACAACUGUCUCAUCGACCACGACACAUUUGAACGAUUGAAGGAACACCAUAGUAUUACUGUCCUCGCCUCGAAAAUGUCUGGAGCCUACGAAUGGGACGACCUUCCGACUACAUUGAGUAAAAAGGCGACCGAGAACUCCUCUCCGGCAAUUUUGGUUUUCGUUCAAGCGAUGUCGAAAGGGUGGGGAUGGCGGGCUCUGAACCAGCAGAUCAUCCUGGAAUUCCCGGGAAUCAAAGACGGCUAUGUACUGCACUACGCUGCUUGGAUACACGAAGACAUACAGGUCUAUGUGCAGGACAGACGUGACUCCCCUAUACCCUUUUUCAAGAUCGAUCUGUCAGCGCCAGAAAAGGUGGAACCCAAGCUCGAUGAAUCCGCGAGAAUUGGGUUGUUGCCAGAAAUCCGUCGCGCAUCGCCCGAAUUGGGUCGAUUUUCCUCGCCUCCUUCGGCCGAUCUUCCCCUCAAAUUAGGUGAUGCCGUAGAGUCGGAGUCGUCAAUCCAUAGCCACGAUGCUACCUUCCGAGAUUUGUGUCAAAAUUCUCCAGGUGGAGGUCCUACUCGUACAGUGUCGACGCAAGCCGAUAACGUAGUCGAUACAUUUACGACUCUUGCGGACAUCAAGGAUCGAUUCGGAAAGGGCCCCUGCCAUACAUUCCAUAUGGUCGGAAGAUGCAAGCAAAGCCGUUGCACCCAUCUGCACGACCGGAUCAAAUUUUCACCUCAAGCUUUACAGCAGUAUCGUCUCUACCUAAGCGGCCAGACGUGUCCUUAUGGAGGCGCUUGUAAAUACAGUGCUGCGGGCAAGUGCUUUUUCGUACACGACUGCCCUAUGGGAGACUGCUGCCUCCGACCCCUCUGCAAAUGGAAGCAUCCAGAAAAGACCGCUCGACCUGCUCGAACGUCGGAACUUCCUCAUCAGCAGAUUCUCAGUCCGAGUUCUUUCUUCAAUCACGGUCUAACACCCCAUGCCGGAAGUGGCACGCGACCGCUGGUCAAUUCCAGAAACUCAGAGCUUUCCCAAGCCUGGCAGCAGGAAUCGAAUGGAUUGCCGCUCACGCACGAGCCGAAGGAUUUUAUACCCCUCAUCAAAGCCAUGUACGACAUGUCCCAACGGAAAGACGACCCGAAAAUAUCUCGCGGUCAACUAGGAGCCUUUUUGAGCGCGAGAUAUGGGUGGCCUAUCGGCUUGGAAAAAUACGCAGACUUCAAGAAGUAUUCUCACGCAGCUGCUCGGCAUGGGUAUGUUACCCUUGGACUUGACAGUGCGAUCGGCAGCGGUUCCGAAUGGAUCAAGUCGACCGGAAGAUUGGAAAAUGCCUGUGGAGUCGAUCCUUACCACUAAAUCGAAUCGGCAUUCAGCGCAACACCGUAUCGAUCUAUCGAGUUUCAAAGCCUACGAUCGUCCUGUUAUUCUUCCGACGACCUUGCAAUAUGUCCCUCAAUGCAGGUUGUACGGCAAAUAGUAAAUCAGUAUAUCUGUACAAUUAAGACCCCCUUAUGUGAUCCGAGUAAAAUUCGAAAAUCAACGCAGGAUCACAUCGCGAAUCGAUUGUACUUCGUCUUGUGCUUUAUGUUACAUACACC